AUGGCCGAAGUGGAGAAAGAUGGCACGACCAUGUCCAAGGGGAAUCUUGCCUUUUUCUCGCCUACCAAUGAACUUAGCUAUGACGACCAAGUUGUGUCCGGAGAGCCCCGCGGCUCGCCGCAGCUGAAGCGCAAGUUGAAGAGCAGGCACUUGCAUAUGAUUGCAAUUGGUGGAACCAUCGGAACCGGUCUUUUCAUCGGAAGUGGAACUGCUUUGGCACAUUCUGGGCCAGUCGGUGCGCUCAUCGCAUACAUCUUCAUCGCCACUAUCGUUUUCUCCGUGAUGACCUCCCUAGGCGAAAUCGCCACUUACAUACCGAUUUCUGGAGCAUUCACAUCAUAUGCAACACGUUUAGUUGAUCCAAGUCUCGGAUUUGCCAUGGGCUGGCUUUAUUGGUUUUCAUGGGCCAUCACAUUUGCUCUGGAGCUUGUCACAGUUGGUUUGAUUAUCGAAUACUGGAACAGCUCGAUUUCAAUCUCUAUCUUCAUAGCCGUUUUCUGGGUGUUGAUGACCUUGCUGAACUUGCUACCGGUUAACUUUUAUGGCGAGAUCGAGUUUUGGUUCUCGAGUAUUAAGGUUUUUACAGUGAUUGGAUUUAUGAUCUUCGCCAUUUGCAUUGAUGCUGGUGCUGGUGAUCAAGGCUACCUUGGAUUUCAUAAUUGGGUUCACCCCGGACCUUUCGCCGACUACCUCAUAACACCUGGACCAACAGCUAAGUUUGUUGGCUUUUGGGCUGUCCUCAUUCAAGCCGGAUUCUCGUGUCAGGGAACGGAACUUGUCGGUAUCGCAGCAGGCGAAACGGAAAACCCACGCCGGACGAUUCCAAAGGCUAUCAAAAUCACGUUCAUUCGUAUCAUUUUGUUUUUUGUUCUGACAGUUUUCUUUAUUGGUCUUCUUGUGCCAUAUGAUAAUAAGGAUCUUCUGUCAGGGGCAUCUAACGCAGCAGCAUCACCAUUUGUCAUCGCUGCGCAAUUGGCAGGCGUCAAGGUCUUGCCCAGUAUCAUCAACGCUGUUCUUUUGACCGUCGUUUUAUCUGCAGCCAAUUCAAAUGUCUACAGCGGCAGCAGAAUUCUUGUUGGCCUGGCACAAGAAGGGUUUGCCUUCUCCUUUUUCACCAAGACUACCAAAGGCGGCGUACCAUUCUACGGGGUCUUACUCACCUCAGCCAUUGGCCUUCUGGGCUUUUUGAACGUUUCUAAUUCAGGAACAACGGUAUUCAAUUGGCUGUUGAAUAUCUCGGCAGUUGCCGGGUUCAUAGCCUGGGCCACCCUGAAUAUGUGCCACAUAGGGUUCAUGCGAGCUUUGAAGGCCCGCAAGAUCAGCAGAGAUGUGCUUCCUUACAAGGCACCUUUGCAACCAUAUCUUGCCUGGUAUGGACUUUUUGUCAACAUUUUGAUCAUAUUCACACAGGGAUUCACAGCCUGGAUUCCGUCAUUCAGCGUGGAAAACUUUUUCGUGGCAUAUAUCAGCGUGAUUUUGUUUGCAGUACUGUGGAUUGGCCAUAAGCUUAUAUUCCGUGACGCUUUUGUUUCUCCACUUCAAGCAGAUCUUGAUACUGGGCGCUUGGAGAUUGAGAACCAGCAUUGGGAGGUCACAAUGCCGACCACUUGGUAUGGAAAGCUUUGGAAUAUCCUAGCUGGAUAA